CAGCUGCGGGUGGCGGCGGUGGCGGCCGGCGUUGGCGGGCGCCGUGGCAGCUCCUUUAUCCGGGUCUUCAGGGCUCUCGUGAGUGUUCGCGCGGUCCGGGACUCCACUUCUCGUCGCCCGCCCCGUCUCCGCGCCGCCCUGGGUCUGGACUGCCGGACGGCUCUGCGAGGAUUUGUUUUUGCCCGGGCAAGACCUGAGGAAACCUGGAGCGGCCGCAGACUUUUGUCCGGCGCGGCCCCGGGCCGGAGUCUGAGAUUCCCGGCCUGCUGCUCUUGACGCGGCUGCGGGAGGAGGGAGGAGACGGGGCCGGGAGCCCCCACUGUGUGUGUGUGUGUGGGGUUCAAAAUCCACCCCCACCCCCGUCGCUUCCGGGCGGGGGGACCCCAAUCCCGGGACAGCGCUCUAGUGACAUCUGAACUUCAGCAUCGGUGGGAAGACUCCCACUUGGAGACUCCGGUGCUUGUCCCUGCCACCCGCGACAAAACAGCGUCUCACCCCUAUCCCCCAGUCCGGUCCUCCACACUUUGGACCAAAGUGGGCGGAUCAAAUAUUCUGUAAAUGAUGCCAAACGAAGAUACUCAACACUCAGGUCAAACUCAAGAGAAAGAUUUAAAUAGCCAAUCUUUCAACAAUGCUGAAGAAACUACCAUUGGUCCCGAAGACAAUGCAGCUCUUGAUAAAAUGGAAGAAAGUUUCACUCCUUCUGCUUUUAAUAAUAGGCCAUCCACUUCUUCAGUGGUUGGUAUGUUUGAAGUCCCAAGAAAAGGACCGCCAGUGUUGCACAUAGACAGACAACAAAUUCAGUCUGUAGAACAUAGUGCUCAAGCAGUUGAACUCAAAGAUUUGGGAGUUGAUGUCUAUGACCAAGAUGUGUUAGAACAAGGAGUGCUUCAACAAGUAGAUAAAGCAAUUCAUGAAGCUAACAGGGCAGCUCAAUUAGCUGAAGCAGAAAAAGAAUACCAUUCAGUGUUAGAUGAUCUCAGGUCAUGUACAACAUCUCUAAAGCAAAUUAAUACAAUUAUUGAGCAUCUUAGUCCUCAAGCAGUCAACAACAAAGAUGUCAACAGAAAACUAGAUUCUGUAAAGAGACAGAAAUGUAACAAGGAAAAACAACUAAAGAAGAUUAAAGCCAAACAAAAACGUCUUCAAGCUAUACUUGGUGGAGCAGAGAGAGAGAUUGAAGAACAUCUUGUAGAUUUAGAAGAGGAUGAAGAGCCUGGGCCAUCAUCUCUUGGGAGUAUGCUCAUGCCAGCUCAGGAAACUGAAUGGGAAGAGCUUAUUCGGACUGGUCAGAUGACCCCUUUUGGUACACAAAUCCCUCAGAACCAAGAGAAAAAGCCUAGAAAAUUAAUGCUUAAUGAAGCAUCAGACUUUGAAAAAUAUUUGGCGGAUCAGGCAAAAUUAUCAUUUGAGAGGAAGAAGCUAUGCAUACAGAAAAAAAAGAAAAUUCAGACUUCAGUUGAUUCAAAUACAAUCCCAACUUCAGAUAAAAAAGAAAAGAACAAGACCAAUGGGAAGCAGUUGAAAACAGAUAAGCAUUUGAAAAAGCAUAUUAAGAAACUUCAAAAGAGGGCUGUUCAGUUCCAGGGUAAAAUAGAAUUUCUAAAGGAAAAGAAAACAUUGGAAUCAAAGAAGGCCAAGUAUGAUCAAGGAAGUGAAAGUGAAGAUUCAGAGUAUAUACCUGAGGAGGAGGAAGAAGAGGAGGAAGAGGAAGAACUGGCACUCCAUACUACACAUAAGCAGGAUCAUACAUUGAAAUGUGUCUCCAAGCAGAGGAGGCAGCAGAAUAAAACUGCAGCAGAGGAAAUUGAUGAUGAAUAUCUUCCCAGCUCUGGAGAAGAAGAAUCCAUAGGAAAAAAUGGCAAAAUCAAGAGGUGCCGAGAUGAUGGAGAUGGAAAUUAUUAUAAACAACGGUUAAGGAGGUGGAAUAAACAGAGGUUGGAAGACAAAGAACAACGUAGAAAAGCUGAAGAAGAAUCUGAGGAAAGUGAUGCUGAAUUUGAAGAAGGUUUUAGAAUGCCAGGUUUUUUGUUCAAAAAGCUUUUUAAGUACCAGCAGACAGGUGUUAGGUGGCUGUGGGAAUUGCACUGCCAGCAGGCAGGAGGAAUUCUGGGAGAUGAGAUGGGAUUGGGCAAGACCAUCCAGAUAAUUGCCUUCUUGGCAGGUCUGAGCUACAGCAAGAUCAGGACUCGUGGUUCAAAUUACAGAUUUGAGGGAUUGGGUCCAACUGUAAUUGUGUGUCCAACAACAGUAAUGCAUCAGUGGGUGAGAGAAUUUCACACUUGGUGGCCUCCAUUUAGAGUUGCAAUUUUACAUGAAACUGGAUCAUAUGCAAACAAAAAGGUGACACUUAUUCGAGAAAUUGCAAGAUGUCAUGGAAUUUUGAUUACUUCAUAUUCCUACAUCCGACUGAUGCAAGAUAGUAUUAAUAAUCAUGAUUGGCAUUAUGUGAUCCUGGAUGAGGGACAUAAAAUCCGAAACCCAAAUGCUGCAGUUACACUUGCUUGCAAACAGUUUCGUACUCCUCAUCGGAUUAUUUUAUCUGGCUCUCCUAUGCAAAAUAACCUCAAAGAAUUAUGGUCUCUCUUUGACUUUGUCUUCCCGGGAAAAUUGGGGACAUUGCCAGUGUUCAUGGAACAAUUUUCUGUUCCAAUUACCAUGGGAGGGUAUUCAAAUGCUUCUCCUGUACAGGUUAAAACUGCUUAUAAAUGUGCAUGUGUUUUACGAGAUACCAUAAACCCAUAUCUGCUGCGUCGAAUGAAGUCAGAUGUAAAAAUGAGCCUUUCUUUGCCAGAUAAAAAUGAACAGGUCUUAUUUUGCCGCUUGACAGAUGAACAACGUAAAGUAUAUCAAACCUUCAUAGAUUCCAAAGAAGUCUACAGCAUUCUUAAUGGAGAAAUGCAGGUUUUUUCAGGACUUGUAGCAUUACGAAAAAUAUGCAAUCACCCUGAUCUCUUCUCUGGAGGUCCCAAGAUUAUAAAAGGUAUUCUAGAUGAUGAAUUAGAGGAAGCUGACCAGUUUGGGUACUGGAAACGCUCUGGAAAAAUGAUAGUGGUUGAAUCUUUGCUAAAAAUAUGGCACAAGCAAGGUCAUCGAGUGUUAUUGUUUUCUCAGUCAAGACAGAUGCUACAUCUACUUGAAGUAUUUCUUAGAGCACGAGAAUAUUCCUAUCUCAAGAUGGAUGGAACUACUACAAUAGCUUCAAGACAGCCUCUUAUCACGAGAUUCAAUGAGGACACUUCCAUAUUUGUCUUUCUUCUUACCACUCGUGUGGGUGGAAUAGGAGUCAACUUAACAGGAGCAAACAGAGUUAUUAUCUAUGACCCUGAUUGGAAUCCCAGCACAGACACGCAGGCUCGAGAGCGUGCUUGGAGAAUAGGCCAGAAGAAACAAGUGACUGUUUAUAGGCUCCUGACUGCAGGUACCAUUGAAGAAAAGAUUUAUCACAGGCAAAUCUUCAAGCAGUUUUUGACAAACAGAAUACUGAAAGAUCCCAAACAAAGACGUUUUUUCAAGUCCAAUGAUCUUUAUGAGCUGUUUACUCUCAGUAGUCCUGAUGAAUCUCAAAGCACUGAAACUAGUGCUAUUUUUGCAGGAACUGGUUCCGAUGUUCAAGCACCUAAACAUCAUUCAAAAAGAAAAUUUCCUAACUCCUUUCCUGUUGCUGAUAGAGAAGGUGUGAACCAAGCAGAUGUUUCUUCAGAAUGCAGCACUUUAUCUGAUGCCAACAUAUCUGAAUCCACUGCAGAUUUGUCUCAAGAAAAAUACAAGGAAAAAGAAACAGAUGAUAAUAUGCAAACACAAGAUAAAUGUGCAUUUAUAAAUACAUUUUCCACAUCAGAUGAAUCAUCAAAGAUUGUAACAAUUUUAGGGAAUGAGGAAAAAUUAAAUUCUUUGGGUUUCACUGAAAGCUUCAGUUCUACUGGAGAUGAAGGUUUAGAUACAAAGCAGCUUCCUUAUGAGAAGAAAAGCUUGCAGGCCAAACCAGAUGGCAGCAUUGAGAGUGAGCAGACUGAGAACCGGUUCUGUAAACACAAGUCAAAAACAAAACAUCAUUUUGUGGAAGGAAAGGAUACUCUAAAGCACAAAGGACAGAAGCAGAACUCUCAUACAGGCAAACAUUCCAAAGAUGCCAAGUUUGAAGGAACACGCAUCCCACACCUUGUUAAACAGAAACAGUACCAGAAGCAUGAUGAGGAAAAAGAGGAAAAUGAGCAAAAGCAUGACGAUUAUGUUCUGGAAAAGCUUUUCAAAAGAUCAGUAGGAGUUCACAGUGUCAUGAAACAUGAUGCUAUUAUGGAGGCUUCCAGUCCGGAUUACGUAUUAGUGGAAGCAGAGGCAAAUCGAGUAGCCCAGGAGGCAUUGAAAGCACUGAAGAUGUCUCGUCAGCGUUGCUUGACUGCUGUCUCUGGGGUGCCCACAUGGACGGGCAGUAAUGGUCUGUCAGGUGCACCGGCUGGAGGAAAGAGUAGAUUUGGACAGAAAAGGAAUCCUAGCUUGCCUGCUCCUCAGCCUUCUUCAAAGCCUACAAAACAGAAGGGUCAGGAUGCUGAUUUAAAAAAUGCCACUCAAACUCAUUUUAGUGGGAAAACAGAAGAUGGAGAAUCUUCAUCUGGUGCUUUAGCUUCAUCAUCACUAUUAGCUAGCAUGAGAACUAGAAACCAUCUUACUUUAUCACAGAGACCAGAAAAUGAAAAUGUGAACCUUCAGCAGGCUUCUGCUCCAUUAUCCACUGUAACAGAGCAUGAUGACCUUUUGGUAGAAAUGAGGAACUUCAUAGCUUUCCAGGCUCGCAUUGAUGGACAGGCAAGCACACAAGAGAUUCUGCAGGAAUUUGAAUCCAAGUUAUCCACAUCACAAUCGUGUGUGUUUCGAGAACUUCUGAGAAAUCUUUGCACGUUUCAUCGAGGUGUGAAUGGUGAAGGUGUGUGGAAGCUGAAGCCCGAGUUCUGCUGAUGAAACCCAAGAAUCUUUUAUCAUUGAAAUUUGUAGAUGAGUCUUAUUUAACAUAUGUAUUGUAUAUAAUUUGAGAAAAUUAUAUAAACACAAACCGCUUUAUAUUUAUUUUAUUAUUGAAUCUACCUCAUAACUGCAGCUUUAAGGAAGAACUUCUUAUCCAAUUUUUGAAACUAUUGUUAUGAUGCUGGCUAAGAGUUAUGAUGCUGAUUAAAAAAUAUUUUUUGAAAAUUGCAAUAAGAACUGUGAAGCAGAGAGACAGCAUGGUAUAAUUGAAAUCAGGAAAAAUUGAGGUUUCAUCCUGCCUCUGGCCUUUAUUCACUGUCAGAGCCCCAGGAUCAAUCACUUCACUUCCAUGUUCCUCAGGUGACCACUUUCUGGAACUUUUCUCUAUUGAGGUAAAUUGGUGUAGGAAGUUUUCACACUAGGAUCUGAUAUAUAUCCUUUUCAUAUUUGUAAGUUCCAUAUUUGUCUUCAGGGAUCUAACACUUAUAUUUUGAAGUUCCUUUGUUCUGUAUAUUUUGUGAGCUUUCAUGAAAGAAUAUCAGGGAAAAUAUCAUAGUUUAUUAUUUAUAAAACUCAUGAAGUAUGGUGACAAGAAUACUAUGUUAUUUUUAUUGGUCCAAAAACCUUUUGUCACAUUUGAUCAGUCUUAUUUCACAAAUUAGAUUACUAAUAUGUUAUAGUAAUAAUUAUUUUGAUAUUCAGUUUUAAAGUGUUUUUUAAAUUUAUCAUCAAGAAAAGUAAUUUUCUCCCCAAACCAUUUUAUUACUAGUUUUAUGAAUUGCUACUAUUGUUUUCCCCAUAAAUUAUGAAGUAUUUUUAAUACUAUAGAAUGAAAACUAUAGAUAAUACAUUAUAGUUCCUACAAAGAGCUAGAAGAAAGUUAUCAGAAACUACAAUUAUAAUGCAUUUGCUUCAGACAAAAACAAUGCCAAGUGACUCUUUGAACUAGGGUUGGAAAGUCCUAAAACCUUAAGUAGUUAUACUAGGGUUUAGGCGAACCUAAUGAAGUUUAUAAGCCAUAUCUUCCUGAUACUUGGAAUAUUUCUGUAAAACAAAAAUAUUCAUGGCAAAUAUAAUAGCUGUGAAUGUUUUUUUUUCCUUUCCCAAACAUGCAAAUUGUCUUCUUAAGCUCAUUGCUUUCCUGGUUUUUACAGUAAACCCAAGUGAAACCAUAACCUUUUCUUCUAAUUAGAAAUGCUGUCAAGUUUUUAUCAUUAACUGGGAGGUAAAAUUCUCAUUUCUCCUCUUCUAUUGAUCUACUGUGACUUUGUGCAAGUUUCUAAAUUGUCAGUUUAGCUAUCUGUAAACAUGGCAAUAAUGCCUCAAAAAUUAAAGGGCUUAAUAAAGAUGAAAGGUGCUGAAUGUAUAUUUGGUAGCAUUUCAUAAUAGAAAGUUUGUACUUUGGUGAAAUCUCUUGAUUUUUGUUUUCUUCUGAAAAUCCAACAAUGAAAUGUAUAUAGAUUUUGCUACAUAUUUUAUUAUUGUGUAUUUUUAUUCACUUACUGUACUAAGCAUGUUUACUAAUGGUAUUCAAAUGCCUCAUUUUCUCCUUUCUCAACCUUGACCCUGUGUGUAGCAAAAUAAUUUCAACUUGACAUUGUCUUUUAUUCUCAGAUCCCUUGCCCUGUUGCUGCUCAUGAUUUGUCAGACUCAAACCUUGGGUUUACCACUGCUGUCUCUUUUUUGACUUCUGUUCACAUGCUGGAGGAAAUCUUGCAACUUAUGUCAACCCGCUCCAGUACAGAUUUAUUUGUAUUAUCCAUCUCAGCUUGGCUCUCACUGAUCCAGAACAUCCCUUUUACUCUUCCUUAAUUGACUCACUGUCACUUUCUUUGUGGCAGCUGUUUCAAACCUCUUUUUUUCCUCAAGUCUUUCACAUCAUCUCCUUUCCUUCUGAAACCUUACGCAAGGACUGUAUCUCCUACCUUGCUGACAAAAGAGCUGUUUAUUUGAGCUCCUUUUUCUUUCCUCUCAAUAGUCUUUGACACAUCUUCAUCCUCUCCAUUCUUUUACAUUCUGAUGAAGACGCUGCUGUCCUUUGCCUCACCAAGGCCAGCCUCUUCUCUUGGGACCUGGAUUUCCUCACCCAGCUUCUCCACAGAUGCCCUCAUAGGCAUCCCCUUUUGCCAACCUUAGUAGAUUGCUCCAUUGAAGCCAACCUUUUCAUUUUACAGGAACCCAAAGUUCAGUCACACAGAUGGGUAAGAGAUAUUCCAUUGUCUCUCCCCAUCUACUGGCUCCUCUUGUGUGACCUGUGGACACAUCAAGGCCUUCCCAUAUCUCAUACAGCCCUUAUACAGCCCUUACACCAUUGUUCCAUGAACCCCUUUUCUUCUUGCUUCCACUCCCAUUCUCACUCUUUGCAGUCUGCCUUUGGACUUCAUUUCUCAACUGAAAUUGUUCUCUCCUGGGUUUCUAAUGCUUUCUUAAUUACCAAGUUGGAUGGCCCUUUUUCUUAGUAAUAUUCAGUUUUUGGAUGUAUUGAAUGUUAUUUACCCCGGCUUCUCUUUUCUCUCCUACUUGUCUGAUUUUUCUUAGUUCUCUUUGUGAGUUCAUCAUCAUCCCUAUUCCAUCCUUUCAAUUAGAGUACAUUCUGCAGCUGUCCUGGACAUUUUUUAUCUUUUUGUGAUCUUAAUGUGUUCAACAAUAUUCAUUCUUUUUCUGCCAAAACCAAUUUUUCUCUCUAACUUUCUUAUUUCUGUGGAGGGGUAAGAUUCUAGCCAUUAUUGGAGUCAUUCUUGACCCUUCACUGUCCUUCACCCAAUAUAGUCAGUCAGUUGCUGAGUUUUAUUGAUGAUUCUUUGUAAUAUCUUUCACAUCCAUCCUCUUCUUUUUCCUCAUGGGGUCAGAACAUUAAUUUGGACCCUUCUCACUUCCUGCCUAGUCUUACUGCAGUAGUCUCCUAGUUACUCUCCUUGCCUCAAGUCUAAUCCAUUCUCUUUAUAGCUGCCAAAGUGAUAACCUACAACAACCCUACAAUCAGGACCAUUCCCCCAUCAAAAAGCUAAUUGCCUUGAUGAUCAAAUAUAGAGUUCUUUUUUGGAAUUCAAACUUUUUACAAUAUGACUUACAGCUCUUUUCUGUACUUUCCACACAUUAUUUACCUUUAUGCAGUCUAUUAUAGUCCAGCUUAACACUUCUUUGCUAUUCCUUACCCAAGACAUGCCAUCUCUUGCUUCUGCUUUUCCACAGGCUGACAUCUGUUCCUUGAAUGCAUUCCCCUUUCAUCUUAGCCUCGUAGAAUCCCUAAUUUCUUUCUCAGAUGAAGAACUUAACACUGCCUCUUUCCUAAAGAAGACUUUUCUUAAGCCUCUCUAUUGCUUAUGAUUUCCUCUCCUGAAAUUAGUUUGUAUUUAUGUUACAUAUAUUUUGUAUUUGCUUAUCACUGUGCAUGUUAUUUCACCCUUAGAAUGUAAAUUCCUUGAGGGCAGAUACUAUUUCAUUUUUUUCUUUGUGCUGUAAGAGGACCAACAUGGUAUCUAGUACAUAAUAGGUACUUAAUAAAUGCUUAUUGAUUUCUUGGGAAAAUAACCUAUAAAAUUAUUCCUUUAUUUUGUAAUGGUUUAAAGCCAUUAACACAUAUUUUCCAUUUUUAGAUGCAAAGCAGUUCUUUUAAGAAUAUAUUUUUUUUACUUAAGUAGAAACUUAUUUUCUACUUAUGUCUUUGUCUUUUUCAGUUUUUCAGACAUUGUGUUUUUAGUCUUUGUAGUUUUAUCCUCUCUAACUUUUCCAUGCCAUCUCCUACUAUGCAGCUUUUCCUUUGAAAUAAUAAAAAUUUCAGAGGAGAAGGAAAAAUACAAAUCAAGAAUAUCGUACAUUCAAUAUUGUGACUGAGUAAAUUGAUGGGAGCUGAAUAUUUGCAAUUAACUGCAAAGUUGGUCCAAAAGUAUAGGAAUAUGUGUUUUAAGUCUAAAAAAAGAAGUUGAGAUUUAAUGUAUACAGAAGACUAGGAUGUACUUUUUGCUAAUGAAUGCUAAUAGGAUUUGAUCUUGAAAUUGUAUUUAUUCAGGUUAGUCCUUACUGAUGAGAUAUAAAUAGCCACCAGUUUCUAAAUUGAUGCCUGUUUGCUAAAGAACUUUUUUUUUUUUUUUUGAGGGACAAUAAUAUAAAUGAUCUGUUAAAAACUA